AUGGUGCAGAAAGCUUACGGGGACUCUUCUAUGUCUCCAACACAGGCAUACGAGUGGUAUAAGUCAUUCAAAGAGGGUCGUGAAGUGAUUAAAGAUUUGCCUCGUUCUGGACGUCCAUCAACAUCAAAUACCGAAAAAAACGUGGCAAAAAUCAAGAAAUUUGUGCUGGAAGAUCGUCGUAUGACUGAAAGGGAGAGUGCUCGUAACUUAAACAUUUCAAAUGGAUCCGUUCACCACAUUUUACAUAAUAUAUUGGGCAUGAGACGCGUUGCAGCUCGACCUGUACCGAAACACCUUGAUUUUUUGCAAAAAGAAUACCGAAAGAACGUGUGUGAAGAAAUGAUUUUUGAGCAUGGAAAUGGCUCUACAUUCAUGAAACGCAUCAUAAUAGAUGAUGAGACAUGGGUUUAUGAGUAUGACGUCGAAACCAGUCAACAAUCGAACGAAUAG